GUUACAGCACGCGGACAGGCCGCCCAUACUAGUGCACGGGGACUCAGAGACAGAGCGCGCGACGGCACAGCAUGGCAUCAUGGGAAAUGUAGUCCGCAUUCGUGUUCAAGUGAUGCAUCGACUUUGUUGACAAACUUCAUUACCCAGAAGGCUCGGCGCCGUCAUACGUCAACUGCAAUCACGGUUGUAUCUCCAACAUGGCGUCGCUGGGAAGGAGGCGCGGUGUCCCAGUAAGCAGGGAGAGGGGAGUGAUGGCGGCUACGGACUGCUACAUUGUGCAUGAGAUCUACAAUGGGGAGAAUGCGCAGGACCAGUUUGAGUAUGAGCUGGAGCAGGCACUGGAGGCCCAGUAUAAAUACAUUGUUAUCGAGCCCACACGUAUCGGGGAUGAGACAGCCCGAUGGAUUACCGUGGGCAACUGCCUGCACAAGACGGCUGUGUUGUCAGGCGCUGCUUGUCUCCUGACGCCACUUUCACUGCCCCCCGAAUACUCGCGCUAUGUGGCGUUGCCGGCUGGCGCCCUCAGUGUGGCCUGUGCUGCCCUGUACGGGAUUUCGUGGCAAUUUGACCCCUGCUGCAAGUACCAGGUGGAAUAUGACAGCCAAAAACUCUCGCGGCUGCCCCUGCAUACACUCACCUCCUCAACGCCCGUGGUAUUGGUACGCAGGGACGACAUCCACAGAAAGAGACUCCAUAAUACGAUAGCACUGGCUGCCCUGGCGUAUUGCGCCAAGAAGAUCUACGAACUCUAUGCGGUAUGAGUGCACUCUGAAGAGGGUUUAAGAACCAACAGAAAAAAGGAAAAAACAAACAAAAAAACAGAACCCAUCUACCCCCAGAUGUAAGAAAAGUGGAAGUCACGAUCAGGCCCAGCAGUUAGCUCCACACAUGUGGUGGGUGCUUCCAUUUUGAACUUCGAUCAGAGGGAUAUAGUUAAAACUAGAAGGAAUUGUUUUUCCCUUACACUUCCUUUACUUCUAUGUGACAGCAACAGCACACUUAUCUCUGUAGUACCCUUGCGCCUCCUCCCCUGUGCCCUCCACCUGCAUUCUUGACACACAACAAGCUCGUGCACAAGGGUAUGACAGCAGUUCUUCUGGACUGACUUGUUUUGCAGAUGAAACGGACCGACGUGUUUUGAGUACCAAGCUCUUUCCCCCUUUCCCUUGUAGUUUUACUGUACCCCUUUCUUGCUGAUCAGUACAUCACCCUUUCAUUAAACAUUAGGAUAUUUCAAACUCACUUUUCUGUAUUUUAUUUUAAUUUUUUCAUUAAAUGGAUUCUACAUGAUGUUCUGAAAAGUGCACAUAGCUGCAAUUAUUUGAGAUUUUGUCUUGGUCAUGUAGAUUUUCUUGUUGAAAAUAGUGUAAGUCAGAUCUAAUGUGACAAUGCUGUGGCUCAGUGGCCUUUUUGGAUACAGUACAAAAAUACUAACUUUUGGAAAGUCACAUUUCACAUGUGCUUCUAAUAAUGUAUGUUAGAUUGAAAUCAAGCCAAACAUUCAUAUUUGAAACAUAAAUAAAGACACUAGUUGACACUACACAUAAUAUUUAUGCAGCAAAUUCUACAUCCAUACUUUCUUGUUUCUUCUUGUUUAUCCAAUGGUGCUUGUUAUGAGUUGCUGUUUAGAUCAGCAGUUUUAAAAUGUGUUAUCCUAAGAGGAGGUAGUAAUAAUGAGCUGAAAAUUAAGUAUGGAUGAAAUGGAGGAUGAGUUGUGAAACAACAAAGACGUGCAACAAUUGAAUGAUAAAUUGGAAUGCAAAGAGUCACAGUAAUUGCGUUACAGUCACUGAUUUAAAAGUAAAUCCUAUUUAAAUAUCCUUAUUUAAAUGAAGUGACUUUCCACAAACACUUGUAUUUCUUUAACAGCAGGAAAUAAGCAAAUUAAAACCUUUUUAUGGUACAUCUGUUCAUAAAGAGUUUCCUGAAGAGAAUUUCAUGUAAAUUCCUGAAAAGCUCCAUUAAACAGUGUAUCAGAAAUGAACUCCAUCUGUUAACUUGCUUCAAGGUUUGAAAACGUUGGCGGUGCUUCAGUAAGUGGUGUGAUCACACAUUAUGUUAAUGGAAGCUGUGACUGGUAGCCGUCCAUCAUGAAAAUGUGAAAGUCUUGCCUUUGCUUCAUCACAAUAUUUUGUCAAUUUCUGACAUGAACAGGGAAUGAGCUAAAACGUCUUUCACACCAGUUUAAAAUGACUCCAGUAGGGUUGCCAAGAGUUGAGUUGUUGAUGGAAAUGUUCAACUGUUGAUAUUGAUAAAUGUCAUCUUUCUUGCCUUGACAUUUAAA